AUGAGGGGAGACGUCAUCCAAGGACCCAGAAGAACUUGGCGCGUCAAGGCCUCCUUCAAGUGCACCACCAGAAACGUCGUAUUUGCUAUACGAUGCUCUCGCUGCUCUAAGCUUUAUGUUGGAGAGACAAAACGACGUCUGGCAGACAGAGUAACAGAGCACCUACGUUCGAUCCGACUUAACACACCUAGCCUUCCAGUUGCAACGCAUUUCAACCAACCUGGACAUUUCAUCAACGAUCUACAGGUAUGCGUUGCCAUCUCUUGCGACCGUGAGACGGAUCGCAAACUCAAAGAAGAGAAGCUGAUCUACAGUCUCGGGACCCUCGCCCCCCACGGAAUGAAUGUGUCUUUCCGCGCCUUCCCAAUACCUGAGACCAAAAACCGUGACGUCCUUUUAACCAUCAACAAUCUAACCUCAGGUUUGACCAAUUCGAAUCCUCUGGCGAUUCUGGAGUGUCUUACGGACAUUGGACCCAACAUAUGCUUGGUGGUUGAGCGGAACGGAAAUGAAACGUGGCUGUUUGCUUUUCAUCUAGACGAAGAAGGCAAUAGACCGAUCGUCAAGGAGCUCUUCACCCAUAAGUUCGACAAGCACAUCAGGACGUUUCCUUUUCUCGUGAUAAUUCCUCCCGAGGCUGCGUUCGAUGUUAAUGCACAGUAUACCUACGAGUGUUCCACCCCCGUCGAGAUAAUACUCAAAGAAGACGAUCUAUACAUGAAGAUCGGUACCGAUAUGGCGACCUUUGUGUCAGUACCGCAAACUUUAACUCUGAACCGUUACAAAAGAAUCGACGAAAAUAAUAAGGUCGGCGACGGGCCUGACGGGGGGAUCCCAGUUGCCAUUUCGACAUCAACGCCGCCCUCCAACGUCGAGAGGGACGCCGAGCAGGGAAGCGACGAUUACGACCCAAUGUGCGUCGAAGGCAACACCGAAGGUCCUUUAGGUGUAGUUGUUUUUCCACCCUGGAUGACGGAACCGGGCGAGAUCCCACAGAAUAACAUGUUUUUCCUCACUAGUCUUGCUCCAAGAGGUGAUGCUGUGUUCGAGGCUGCAAACACUACAGAAGAACAACUAUACAUAUCAUCAGUCGAUAACCAAGACCCAAGUGUGUUGAUUGCUAGCCUUGAAAAAUCCAGCGCCGACUUUAGAGUAAUUCGGUCAGAUUCGUGAAGUCAGACGUCACUCAAGGAUAUUUUCUCGAGGCUUGCCGAUUCGGAAAAACGACCGGAAUCCUAGUAGUAAUGUUUGUUGACGUUUUUGAUCGAUGAUCAAAAUAGAAAUAGUUUAUUAUUAUCGAAAUUAUUAUAGAGAAAAGGGGAGGAAAGACGGGGAAAAAUAUAGUGCUGUGUGUGGAAACAAUUAUAGUCAAUUGCAAAACAGAAGAAUUUAAGAAGGAGAAAAGGAAGGAGAAGAAGAAGAAGAAGAUGUAUCGUGGGCCCCUCAACAAAAAUGUCAGCGAUUGAUCAUAGGACUGAUUUAUACGACUGAUCAUACACAAUAAUCAAUGUAAUCAAUAAAAAAAAUCUCCCAACGAUCGAUCGCUAAGCUUUUUUUCGUUAUGUUUUAUUAGGUGGUAAAGCCUGUCUUAUAUAGUUUUAGAAUAGGGUCAAUAGCGUAAGCUCUCGGCCCCUACUUCAGUAUCAUCUAAUAUUUCAACUUUUUCAACCGCCAAAGGUUUGAGAAAAAUCCGUCAAAAACGUAGGAACAAGAGAAAUAUUAGAGUUUUAUGUAUUUGAUUUGUGACGUCAUAUGCGAGCAAUUUUUUUUACAUAUCCGAUGGCAAAUAAUCAAGGAAAUAUAAUUUCCUUAGAAAAUUAAGAAUGGGUUUUACUGCACCUUCAAUAUAUCAAUACACAAAUAAUUUCACACCUGUUUCUAAAAAGAAACAAAAAUAUGUCUUUAGAAAUAUUAAAGAUUUAAAUUCAUACAUUUAAAUAUUACAAAGCAUUUGGGGCUGCUGCUCGUUUAUGACGUCACAAAUUCUUAAAAAACAGCAUAAUGAAACAAUAAAAGAUAUCGAUGAAAGUUUGAAAAAAUAAAAUUCAUCAAACGUUAAGGAAAGUAUUAGAAUUUCAGGUUAUUUAUUUGUGACGUCAUAAUUAUAUUUCCCUUUAAAUCUCUCUAUACAAGGGUGAUUGUGUGUGGGGGGGGGGGCUAACGAAUAAAGACUGCCCUACUUCAUUUACUGUGACGGCAGGUAGUAAGGUCAAUUUCUAAAACAAAUUUACUAUCAACCAAUCAGACUGAAGGAUUUCAGUAGCUUUUAACAGUUAUUUCAAAUAUGCUACUAAAACAAGUUUCAUGAUAUGGGCCCAUGUGGUACAGCGCCUCGUGUACAGUUGGUAUACAAGGCAGCAAAAGGGCCCUGCAAUUUUGACUUCACUAGUCUUGAGUAUAGACCCAUUUGUAGACAAAAGUUUUCAUCAGAGUCUGUACUUUGUAGACUAGGCUACCAGGGGAAAUUUUUAAAGAUUUUCAAUCACCGGUAUGGCACCAUAGUAUAAGUGUGAGGACCAUAAUGAAGAAAAAAAGAGGCGACAAUGUAACAUUGAGACCAAUUUCUAGAGUGUAAAAUGCAAUUGUGUAUUUUCCUUUUAAAAAGGGGGCAAUUUAAGAUAAUUUUAAACAAAUAUCUGUAGUACAUUAUACGUGCAGCCAGUGGAAAUUUGCCAGAAAUUGCCAUAUAUACUGUUCCAUUUAUACGAAUCGUUGAAUUUUUGGUGAAUAAAUCGUACUUUCUUCGGGGGAGGUAUUCGGGGUUGAUGUUCGCUCUAUUAAAAGGCAAGUUCAUGA